UGCGAUUUGAUUUGACUAGGCAUGAGUCUGUUUAACCAGGUAAGAGAACACAGCAUUACCAAUGUAUCUAUCUCUGUCUCCCUCUGGUGUCCAGGACGUGAAUGACAUGUGGAGUUUCCAGCACCCCAAUCUGUACGUUCCAGGCCAGCUGAAUCAGUACUUCAGCAAGACAGCCUUCUUUAAGUGUGCCCUCCACAGCGUCUACAGCUCUGUAGUGCUGUUCUUCAUCCCCUACGCUGCCAUGUACGACACGGUCCGAGACGACGGGCGAGACAUUGCUGACUACCAGUCCUUCGCCCUGCUGGCCCAGACCUGUCUGGUCAUCACCGUCUGCAUACAGCUGUGUCUGGACAUGUCCUACUGGACAGCCGUCAACCAGGUCUUUGUGUGGGGGAGUCUGGCCAUGUACUUUGUUGUCACCUUCAGCAUGUACAGUAACGGCACGCAUAUCAACUUCCCUGCAUCCUUCCCCUUCAUCGGCACAGCCAGGAACUCCCUGAACCAGCCCAACGUGUGGCUGACCAUCCUGCUCACCUCCAUCCUCUGUGUACUUCCUGUGGUCGCCUACCGCUUCCUGUUGAUACAGCUCCGCCCCACCAUCAACGACAAGGUGAUGUUCAAGGUGAGACAGGCCAAGGCCACGCCCCCUCUCCCAGCACGACGAGCCAGGAUGCGACGUACCAGCUCCCGCCGCUCCGGAUACGCCUUCUCGCACGCGCAGGGCUACGGGGACCUGGUGACGUCCAACCAUUUCCUACGCCGUCCCGCCAUCACACGCUCCACCGCUUUCACCCCUCUGGGGCGCACCACAGGGUUCAGCCCCAUGGGCCGCUCGGCAGGAUACAGCCCUACUGGGAACGCUCUGAACUCCAGACCGCAGGAGGUGGAGGUGACAUCACUACAGAUGUACCGGAUGGUGCGAGACUCCGCCUUCUGAAGAACUGCACAGUGCGAGACCCCGCCUUCUGAAGAACUGCACAGUGUGAGACCCCGCCUUCUGAAGUACUGCACAGUGUGAGACCCCGCCUUCUGAAGUACUGUACAGUGUGAGACCCCGCCUUCUGAAGAACUGUACAGUGUGAGACCCCGCCUUCUGAGGGAAGCGAGGAAGAGGAUGUGGAGUUGUUGUUUACAGAGGACCAAAUCAGGGGGUGUGAUAUGUAAAAAACAUAUAUCCUAAACAUUGACACGUACUGUAACUGUACACACACAAAUCUCUAUGACGACUGACUUGUCGAAGCGUUCCAAAGACAGUCCCUCGUGUCUGGUUGGUCACCCUCUUUUUUUCCCGCUUCAUUACUUCUCCUGUUCCAAUCAUUGGCCUUUUGUUCCAUCAGGAAUGUUGUCAUGGGGAAACAAACCUCUCCUGUUUCAUUCAUUGGCCUUGUGUUCCAUCAGGACUGUUGUCAUGAGGAAACAAACCUCUACAGGUCAACUGUAUGCUAUAUUGUCUGUCAGGACAGGUUGAGUGUGAGGUUCUUUAAUUAAGGGUAUCAACUGAGGAUAAACUAUUACACUAUACUACAGUAUGACUGUACUCAGUGCUGUGACACAACAGGAUUGUAUACUGCAGUGUGACUCUGUACUCAGUGCUGUGACACCAUAGGAACGUUCACUCAGUGUACAAAACAUUAAGAACACCUUACUAAUAUUGAGUUGCACCCCCCACCACCUUUUGCCUUUUCAGAACAGCCUCAAUUAGUCGGGGUAUGGACUCUGCAAGGUAUCGAAAGCUUUCCACAGGGAUGCUGGACCAUGUUGACUCCAAUGCUUCCCACAGUUGUGUCACGUUGGCUGGAUGUCCUUUGGUCGGUGGACCAUUCUUGAUACACAUGGGAAACUGUUGAGCAUGAAAAACCCAGUAGCGUUGCAGUUCUAUGACACAAACAGAUGCACCUGGCACAUACUACCAUAACCUGUUCAAAGGCACUUAAAUAUUUUGUCUUGCCUAUUCACCCUUUGAGUGGCACACAUACACAGUCCAUGUCUCAAUUGUUUCUUGGCUUAAAAAUCCUGCUUUGACCUGUCUCCUCCCCUUCAUCUACGCUGAUGAAUUUAACAGGUGACAUCAAUAAGGGAUCAUAGCUUUCACCUGGAUUCACCUGGUCAGUCUGUGUCAUGGAAACAGCAGGUGUUCUUAAUGUUUUGUCCACUCGGUGUAUACUACAGUAUGACUUUGUACUGUGACGCCAUAGGAAUGCACUAAACCCAAGGCCAGACCAAACCUCUCAGAGUCGUGGGAUUUAUGCCUCCUUCUAUCCUCACCAGCAACAAGCCCUCUCCUCUCCCACUGUGAUAAUACCAGUAUACAAUCACACAGGUGUAGAGAUGUACUGUACAUUCCAACACUAACCAUGGAGGGAGUUGGUAGGAUUUAUACCUUUCCUGUCUCUGGUCCACACUCCAUUCCAGUUGGUGGCGGUAAUGCACCUUAAAGUUGGUUGCCAACCGUCAUAUAACAUCCACAGAAGAUGAUUGUGGGAGAUAAGAUGGACGCUAUCACCAGCAAAAUCCUGAUUGUAUGAACAAGUGUUUUUGCCCUUUAAACCAAGCAAUGUAUUUUUUAUAUAUAUACACAUUUCGCUGAAAAACUAACUAUGGACUUGAACUAUGGGUGUUAGACAUUCAUUUUUUUUAUAGAGGAGAUAGAAGAUCUAUCUUCUGUUUAGUGUUGUUCAUCCAAGGGCUGAAUAAGUUUUCAUCCCGAAUGGGAUAGUGAAAUGGUUAGCAUGCUAUCCAUUAGCCCGUGGACCACCUCAUCCUGAAUGAGAUAGCUAGCAUGCUAACCAUGCUACUGUUAGCCUGUGGAGUGGCUAUAUCUCAAUGGGAUAGCGACAUGGUUAGCAUGCUAGCUGUUAGCCUGUGGAGUGGCUAUAUCUCAAUGGGAUAGCGACAUGGUUAGCAUGCUAGCUGUUAGCCUGUGGAGUGGCUAUAUCUCAAUGGGAUAGCGACAUGGUUAGCAUGCUAGCUGUUAGCCUGUGGAGUGGCUAUAUCUCAAUGGGAUAGCGACAUGGUUAGCAUGCUAGCUGUUAGCCUGUGCAGCUGCUAUAUCUCAAUGGGAGAGUGACAUGGUUAGCAUGCUAGCUGUUAGCCUGUGCAGUUGCUAUAUCUCAAUGGGAGAGUGACAUGGUUAGCAUGCUAGCUGUUAGCCUGUGGAGCAGCUAUAUCUCAAUGGGAGAGUGGCAUGGUUAGCAUGGUAGCUGUUAGCCUGUGGAGCGGCUAUAUCUCAAUGGGAGAGUGGCAUGGUUAGCAUGCUAGCCAUUAGCCUGUGGACCAGCUGUACUUGAUGUCGGUGCUAUAUCAGUAAAGUGUUACCCCAGUGGGCAUACACUGGUUGAAUCAACUAUUGUUUCAAUGUCAUUUGUCAACAUAUUGUGACGUGGAAUCUACAUAGAAAACACAUUUGAAUUUUAGAAUAUGUCCUCAACUAGUACUUUUUUCAUCUAAUUUCAACCAUUGAAAUUUGGGCAAUUUAAAUACAAUGACUUAACCUGACUAACAGGUUGUUUCAUCAAUCUAUUAAUCAUCAUCACUUUAUAUUUAGAAAUAGCGUAAAAAAUGUAAUGGAGAUUUGUAAAACAUUUGUUAUCCUAUACACUAUAUAUUGGGUGGUUGAAAUUGUUUAAUUUCAUAUUUGAUUAGACAUAUUCGACCUUGUUUCAAUGUUGAUAGUUAAAUGGUAUAUUUGAAUCAACAUCAUUGUUUUAAUGCCAUGCCAUCAACCUAAAUAAAGCGGUAUAUUGAAAUGAAAA